AUGCAGAAUUUCGAUCAUUUAAUACCAGUAUCAAUAUAAUUAGUGGAUGGAUGUAAUAAAAAAAUAGUUCUAUAUCAAAAAUUCGACCUUAGUACUCAAUUUAAUGCAAUUGAAAAUUAAAUGAGGCAAUACCUAAAAUUAAAGUAAAAUUUCUUAUAGAAAUAGUCCUGAAUAUGGAAUAUAAUUCACUGUUGAUGGAUAAAAAAAAGCAGAUAAUGCAAAGUUGAGCUAAAUAGUAAAUUAAACUUAUAUAAUUAUGAAUAGUCUAAUAUAAAUUUAAGAAGGGAAAUAGAAAUAUCAAUGAAAAUUUUAUAUUGA